AUGAUUAUGAGCCUCUCCCGACGCUUGGCUGCCUGGCUGCGGCCUUUGGCGAAGGAGUGCAUCGCUGGCGCAGCGGUCGCUGGCGCAGCGGCGGGCGCGGUAUGCGCGGUUGUCCUGCACCGCCGACUCACCGCCACGCGCGCUGCACUCGACGCCAUCGAGGAGCGACUUGCGGCGCACAGCACCGGUCUCGACUUUUUGGCGCAGGAGCUGGAGGCCCUGCGGCUCGCCCUGCGGCAGCCGCAGCUUGCGGGCUCCUCCAACUCCUCCGUCUCUGGCCGGCCGGUCCGCUCCGUCGGCGGCGGCUCGCGCACGGCGUCGAUGGCGACCGCCGAGGACGAGGGUCUCUCCGAGGCGGGCUGGUCGGACGCGGGCUGGUCCGAGGCGGGCGGGUACCGUACCGCCGACGAGGAGGAUCUCGACGACCUGCUGCUGUCCGCGCCGGCGCCCUUCUCGCACAAGCCGCCUCCCCCGCUGCACGGCGCCGAGCGCGCGGCGGCGGACUCGGACGCGGACGCGGACGGCGCGACGGGGUCGUGUGUACAAUAG